ACAAUUUGUACUGUUUUGGGGAGGCCUGCUGCUUUGUUAAAGGCGUAUUAAUUAGUAGGCAUGUUUGUGUUAGCCUAUUGCAAUACUUGAGCAUGAUUAGGUCUAAUCACAUAAAAAACCUUUUUGUGAUUUUAAACCUUUUGGUUUUCAAACAUUGAACACAAAUUGUUUUAAUUUCAAGUAGACUACAGUUUCAGACAGAUAAUUUUAGGCUACGUACGUUCUAUGAAGAUUUUUGUACCUAUGUGCCGAUUAGGACGUAUUAAAACGUGUAAUUUCAAAAGGUCACGUUUCGGCGUCAGAUAUUGUAUUGGCAUAUAAGAGAACUGUGAUAUGAAUAUUUAUUUCCCUACGUUUCCCAAAGUCCAUUGCGGACUCGUGAUUCGCCAUAUUGAGUCUUGCACGAACACGCAGGGAGAUAUGCUACAGUGUAUCCAGUAGGCUACACACGAAAUCCGGAACGAUGACCCAGAUAGUCCAGACCAACGGGGUGCUGCCCCUCAGUAAGACUUGGGAACUCAGCCUAUACGAACUGCAGCGCACCCCGCAGGAGGCCAUAACGGACGGGCUGGAGAUUGCGGUGUCUCCCCGCAGCCUGCACAGUGAGCUCAUGUGCCCCAUUUGCCUGGACAUGCUGAAGAACACGAUGACCACUAAAGAAUGUCUGCACCGCUUCUGCGCUGACUGCAUCAUAACAGCGCUGAGAUCCGGGAACAAAGAGUGUCCAACGUGUAGGAAGAAGCUGGUGUCGAAGCGCUCCCUAAGGCCAGACCCCAACUUUGACGCGCUGAUCAGUAAGAUCUACCCCAGCAGAGAUGAAUAUGAGGCCCACCAGGAGCGGGUUUUGGCCCGCAUCAGCAAACACAACAACCAGCAAGCCCUCAGCGACAGCAUCGAGGAGGGCCUAAAGAUCCAGGCCAUAUACCGUCCCCACAGACAGAGGGGCAAGAAGCACCAGAUGGAGAACGGGAGCGGGGCGGAGGACAACGGCGACAGCUCCCACUGCAGCAACACCUCGGUGCACAGCAACCAGGAGGCGGGGCCCAGCAUCAAGCGCACCAAGACGUCGGACGACUCGGGCCUGGACAUGGACAACACGGCGGAGAACGGCGCGGCGGACCCGGCCCUGGACGGGGCCAGCGAGAUCGAGCUGGUGUUCCGGCCCCACCCCACGCUGAUGGAGAGAGACGACGCGGCGCUGACACGGUACAUCAAAACUUCUGGAAAUGCCACAGUCGACCACCUGUCCAAGUACCUGGCUGUGAGGUUAGCCCUCGAGGAGCUUCGUAAGAAUGGAGAUGCCAGCCCCAUUAAUGUGGAGGCAGCCAGUGAGAAGCAAUACACCAUCUACAUCCCCACUGCCAACAGUCAGUUCACGGUCCUGAAUGGGUCCUUCUCUUUGGAAUUGGUCAGUGAGAAAUACUGGAAGGUCAACAAGCCCAUGGAACUGUACUUCGCCCCCACCAAGGAACACAAAUAGACCUGCCAUGGGACAGGCCAAAAAACUGCCACCAUUCCUCCUCUCAUCCCUUUCCUGUUGCGAGUCAUUAGUCGCAGGACCUCCUGUUUUGAGUAACUGUGGCUUCUUUUUCGUCUUUUGUACGGGAUAAAGUGUAUGUGCACGCGUGCGUGUGUGUGGGGUAUCGUGUAUCAUUUAUUAUUUGUAUGAAUCACAAAAAUUCCAUUCUGUUUAAUGUUCAGAUCAAGCACUUUUUAUUUGGCAAUGAAUUGAUUAAAUCCAUGCCUGUUUUAGUGUAAUGUGAGCCUUGCACAUUAGCCUCCAAGUCCCUGUCAAUCAUCCGUAAGACAUUAGUUGACCUGUUAGAGAGGGCCGACUGCUUUUCUGUUUAAAGUUUAACUUUUGCAUUUAAAAGAAAACUGUAUUUAGGCAAGCAAGUUUCACCCAGUAGUUCAUCUAAUGAGCCAGAGUGUCUCUGAGCAUGUAUCUGGCUUUCAUUUUUAGCCAACAAUCAGACAAAAGCACUUAAUACAAAAAGAUGCACCUCACAAACGGCUGAUGCGGAUUUUUAAGGACAGAGCUGUGUGGGCCCUGAUGCUGUUACAGCAGGCUCUUUUCCUCCUCCAUUAAUCAUCUGCCUGUGCAACAUGACAGUUUGUACAAAACAGGACUGGGAUGUAAUUAUAGUGUGCUGCACCACAGAUGCUGAAUGUGAAUAUUUGACCUUUUAAGAAAUGAGGCUCGUUUUGUCCUGAGCACUGUAAAUGAAACCAUUAACCCGUAAUUUAAACAAAAUAUACCUAAAUUAUUAGUGGGGGGGGGGGGGGGGGGGGGGGGGUAUCUAUCUGUAGCUGGUUCUGCUUUAAGUUGAAUGUGUAAUUUCAUUAAUAUUGGUUUACGGUUAUUCAUGUUGUUUGGGGAAAAAUGUAUAAACGCAAGAAAAAAAAGCUCCUGUAUUUGUUAUUUUGCUUGGCUCACAGUUCCCCAAUCAUCCUUUUGUUAUUCUUUUAUCCUGUCGUAACUCACAGUCCAUGUGAAAUAGUAUACUAAGCAUACUUUAUAUAAACUUUUUAAUUACA